CAUUUCUGAAGCGGUGCCGCGACCACCAGACGGUACCGAAUUUCCUGCAAAUAAAAAGCCCCUUCCCGCCCUCCAAACAAUCCACAGCCAUCCUGAGACAAGCGUCGCUGAGACUACUCAGGGAGAGAAUCGCGACAACCAAAAAGGGCCUAGCCGAGACUUCCAAAAAACUUCUCGAGCUACAUCUAUCCCUCUCCUACAAACUAGAACCGGACCUGUGGCAAACCAUAGACCGGAUUACACACGAGCAAGCCACCCGCUCGGCAGAAUUAAGAACCAAAACACAAAAAGAAAAAUUUGCAAAAAUGAAACCACACACGCAAACAGCAGCUCCUCCCCUGAUAGAAAAGAACCUUAGUAGUCAGACCCUUUCACCCGCCGAAACAGCCAUCCUUGCCAAAAGACACAACUUUGCAGUCACCCCCUCCAGGAUCCCGACAGAAGAGAUCAUCAGCCAAAUAGAAACCGCCAUCUUCCAACUCCCACCUGAAGCAGGAAACAACAUCAGACAGCAGGAAGAACGACUAGCGCUUCGAAGCCUAAGACAGAAUGACGAUAUCCUCAUUCUACCGGAGGACAAAGGCAACGCAACAGUGAUGAUGGACAAAAGAGACUACCACAACAAAGUCAACACCUUGCUGUCCGACGCCCAAGUUUACAAAAAACUAAAACGCGAUCUAACCACUAGCGUAGAGAAGAAAACCUCCUACCUGAUCAAAAAGGCGAACCUCCCUCCGCUAACCACGAAAUACCUGACCCCCAGCGACAGCUCAGCACCCAGACUAUACGGCCUUCCGAAGAUUCACAAAGAAUCAGUCCCCCUACGGCCUAUCGUCAGCAACAUCAGGGGCCCCACGUACCAACUAGCCCGCUACCUCACCAAACCCCUCCAAAAACUUACCGGCCUCAACGACUCCCACAACAGGAACUCAAUGGACUUCGUGAACAAAAUAACCAAGAUCAAAACCGAGCCCAACGACAUCCUGGUAAGCUUCGACGUGGUUUCCCUGUUCACCAACGUCCCAGUCCAAGACACUCUGGACAUCAUCAGAACAUCCAAAGAGAUUCCAUCCACCCUGUUCCCAUUAAUAGAACACUGCCUCAACUCCACCUAUUUCCAGUUCGAAGGAGAAUUCUACGAACAAACCACGGGAGCAGCAAUGGGAUCCCCGAUAUCACCCAUCAUCGCAAACAUCUUUAUGGAACACUUCGAGAAUGAAAUCCUGAAGAAGGCCCCACAAAAACCCUCCACAUG